AUGAGCUCCCCUUUCGUCCAGCAAGCCGCGGCUGAGAGUCAGACUCAGAGCCUUGACGAAAAGACACCGGGCAAGACAACGACAGAGAUCAGUCUCGAUAACGAUGUCGAGGACGAGAAGGAGGAGGCUCAGAAUGGUGUCAAGAAGAUCCAGGCCAUCACCACGCCUGCGGGAAUGGGGUUGCCCCCGACUGACAUAGAUGCUCUUCCUGGGAUCUGGGUUACAUCCUACACCCAUUCGAUGCAACAUCAGAUGAACAGCAACCUCGGACCUUACGUGACUUCGUCCUUCCGCCGUCACGGCCUUACCGCUACGACUGGCAUCGUCUCAGGCCUGGCUGGCGGUGUCUCGCAGUUGCCGCUCGCCAAGAUUCUCAAUAUCUUUGGUCGUAUCGAAGGCUACAUGCUAGCCCAUCUCCUCUGCUGCUUCGGUCUGAUGUUGAUGGCCGUCUGCCGCAACGUGGAGACGUACGCCGCUGCACAGGUCUUCUGGGCCGUUGGAAGCGGUGGCAUUGGAUACAUCCACACCGUUCUCAUCUCCGACACCACAUCUAUCCGGAACCGGAUGAUUAUCUACACCCUCAACUCGACGGCGUACAUUGCCAAUGCAUUCGCCGGACCUGCCCCGGAGCGUAGAAAGCUUUCGACUAUUGAGAAAUUAUCGUUCAAGAGCUCGUCGCAAUCUAUGAGUGGCACGACUUUCCAAACAGGGCCACGAAACUCGCUAGCGCAGAAAGUGGUCAAAAGACAUGCGACUGGGUACAAGAAGGCCUCCCACACAGAAACAAAACCUCCUUCGGGCAUCGAGGACGAUUUGAGACCACGGCUUGAAAUGAGAUCACUCGGAUGCCAGUCUUUCUGAAGCAGAAAAUCUACCAAAGCCAGAUUUGAAGAGUAAGC